AUGGGGAUGGACCCUGCACUGCUCACCCGCAAUCAGACACUUCCUGGCCCUGGGCCCUUUGUCCUGCUGGGUGUGCCAGGGCUUGAGGGCCUGCAUGCCUGGCUUUCUGUGCCUGUGUGCCUGCUGUAUCUGGCAUCUGUGGUUGGAAAUACCCUUCUCCUGGUGCUAGUGGCAGUUGACAAAACCCUCCAGGCUCCCAUGUACCAGCUUCUGGGGCUUCUGGCAGCUGCUGACUUGAUUCUGGCCACAUCCACAGUGCCAAAAGCUCUAGCUGUGCUCUGGGGCUUGUCAGAAGAAAUCUCCUUUGGGGGUUGUUUAGCCCAGCUCUUUGUUGCUCAUGUGGCCUUCAUUGCUGAGUCCUCGGUGCUGCUGGCCAUGGCAGUGGACCGCUACGUGGCCAUCUGCCAGCCUCUACGUUACAGGGCUUUGCUGAGCCAGCGUGUGGUAGGUAUGGUGGCUAUAGCAGCUGUGGCUCGAGGUGCCUGUGUCAUGGCUCCCCCUGUGGUCCUUCUCCAGAGGCUCCCUUACUGUGGGCAUCGGGCCUUGCCUCACACUUACUGUGAGCAUAUGGGCGUGGCUCGUCUAGCAUGUGGCGACACACGCCCCAACAUCUGGUACGGACUGGCCACCACACUGCUCUCCCCAGUGCUGGACCUAGGGCUCAUAGGUGCUUCCUAUGCCCUCCUACUCCGUGCUGUCUGUCGCCUGCCAUCCCUCGGUGCCCGCCACAAGGCCUUGAGCACAUGUGGGGCCCACGCUGGUGUCAUUGCUCUCUUCUACACACCUGCCCUCUUUUCCUUCCUGGCUCACCGUUUUGGCCGCCGCACAGUUCCCGGCCACAUCCACAUCCUAUUGGCAAAUCUCUACGUGGUAGUCCCUCCAGCACUUAAUCCUGUGGUGUAUGGAGUACGCACACAGCAGAUCGCUCAGAGAGUCAGGCACAUGCUUCAAAGAGUGAGAAAAGUGGGCACUGACAGUCAAGACAAACCACGGGCUCUAUCGGGGUGA